UGAAAUUGGGAAAAUGCGUCCAAUCUUUGUUUUCUCCCCCCAGGAAUAUUCGUUUAUAAAGUUCGUGUAAAAUAUUUCCAAAUGGUCGCAGCUCCCCUCACUUUCUCUGCGAACCUAGCCCCAUCACGAAAAAUUCUCACUCUCGUCCCUCGCUCAAUCGAAGCAAAUCACCAGAGCCAGCAGAUCAAAAACCCAAUUCAACCCACUCCCAAAAACCCUAUUUCGUUUCGUUGUCAGGCUCGGCCGCUCUCAUCCGAGGCAAUGGCCGAUCAAGAUCCCGUUGUUCCUCAACAAAGGAUGGAGAUACCAAACAAGCAAGGGGAGAAGCUUGUUGGGGUGUUGCACUCAACUGGGUCGAAGGAGGUUGUGGUAUUGUGCCAUGGAUUUCGAAGCAAAAAGGAAGAUAAAAUAAUUUUGAAUCUUAUUGGUGCCUUAACAAGACGAGGAAUUAGUGCCUUUCACUUUGAUUUCUCUGGAAAUGGGGAAAGUGAAGGCACUUUCGAGUAUGGAAACUAUCACAAAGAAGUAGAAGAUUUACAUGCUGUAAUCCAACACUUAUCCAAAACACAGGAAGUUUCUGCUAUUCUUGGGCACAGCAAGGCAACAGCUGCAUCUUAUUGUGCUGGCAGACGAAACCAGUGUCAUUGUCUCUAUGAUCACCACCGGCAAUGGUCUAAAUGUGUACUACUUUGCAUUUUCAUCAUCAUCAUCAUCAUCAACAAGCUUGUUUUCCAUCAAAAUGUCAGCCAUCUAUUGAGCAGAGGAGAUGUGGUGCUCUUAUAUGCUUCUAUCUAUCAUGAUGUCCAUUCAGUCAUCAAUGUUUCUGGCCGUUAUGAUUUAAAAGGAGGCAUCGAGGAUCGCCUUGGGAAAGAAUUUAUGCAGCAAAUCAAGAAAGAUGGGUUUAUUGACAUUAAGAAAAAAAGUGGAGAAGUUGAAUAUCGAGUAACCAAAGAAAGUUUAAUGGAUCGGCUAAACACUAACAUGGAUGCAGCUGCACGUUCGAUUGACAGAGAUUGCAGGGUAUUGACGGUUCAUGGUUCAGCUGAUGAAAUUAUACCAGUAAAAGAUGCAUCAGAGUUUGCGAAGCUCAUACCUAACCACAAAUUGCAUAUUGUUGAGGGUGCUGACCAUGGGUAUUCUGCUCAUCAAGUAGAACUGGUUUCAGUUGUAUUAGAGUUCCUAAAAUCUAACCAGGUCGGAGAUAAGGCUUAGAUGCCUAGAAUUUUCUUCACUCCCGCGCAAGAAAAUUACAAAGUGGUGUUUCUUCCGAGUCCAUUGCAGAGGAAUGAACUGGAUCUAUGAAAAGCAUUUCUAGAGGUUCUAACUGCUAGAUGUCUUGUUUUAGCUGAACAAAAUAUUUGUAUCAUGCAUCCCUAAAGGUUACUCUCUUUAUUAUCCAGCUUAUUUUGUAAAAGUUCCGAUUCUUCGCUGUGGGUGAAUCAUUGUGAAAGGCAGGAAGCCGAACCUUAUCUACAUUUUCAGUGUACUGAUGAUGUCUGCUUGGUUUUGUGCACAAUUUCUGCGAAAUUAGCAUCCGCAGAUUUUAUUGAAUUGUAUCGAAAGGUAUUAUAUGCAGUGAA